GUAUAACUUAGGUACCUAACCUAACCUAUAAACACCCUCGCCUUUACCUGCCUUAGGUACUUACCACAGUCAUCGUACUUGCUUUAAAUGAGGUACGUGCCUGCCUCCUAGGUAAUAUAAUACAUGGAACUAGGCAAAAUUGUUAGAGGCAUUUGCCUUUACCUAAUGUAAUAGUAAGGUACCAACUUUUAUACCUUUUAUACAGGCACUGAACUUCCAAAUUUAUCUAAACCCUCUUAACCCUCUUGGCCAUAAAAAAAUGCUAUACCAUCGUCCAUAUUAAAACGUUAGGUUAGGUACCAAAUUUUUACCAAUUUGAUUACAAGACAGACGCACCACCAAUAAUGUCUACUGACGGUUCUGAGGAUAAUCUCCGUGUGCAGAUUCCACGGGAAACCUUCAGAGGACAGGACCAUCGUCGCCAUCCAAUUAUAGCAUGGCUGCUAGGCUUCAGGACUACUGUCUCGCCGCUGAGAGUCCACGAGACCGGCUAUGUAUUUUGUCCGCGAAAGUUUAGAAAAACAUUUUAUAGGCUUCUCCUGAUCCUUGCCAUGAUCGUUUUAUAUUGCCUCUUCUUUGACGAAAACCCUCACGUCUCCAAUCCGGAUUUACGGGCGAGAGGUCCCGUAGAUGCUAAUACACUGCGUCAAUAUAAGCAUUACGGACCGGACUGUAAUAUUUCCUCCUUGGACCUUUAUUUACCUACCGGAUCCCCUUGCCCGGACAAGAACUCGAUCCUGACGGCUAUGUCCUCUGGUGGCCGGGCUGGUAAGGAUGCACCCUACACCUCGCGGGGGUGCGACAUGCGCUGGUUUACCUCAUGGGAAGCGUGCGCUAUCCUGGGUCGAUAUUCCCAAGUUAUCCUCGUCGGAGACUCUAUGCUGAGGCACGUCAUUGGCGCCCUAAAUAUCAUAAUUCGAGAGGACCUGGGAUACGGCGGCGUCACCGAUUGGAACUUCGACGAGGAAGAAAAACGCAACUGCUUCUGUAAUGGGCAAUUCGACGUCCGCGAUUGCUCGGUCCAGGGCAUUUUCAGCACGGCGGAUGUCAUUCGGCAUGACCCCGUAAGCCUCACGUGUCCAACGCGGAUACCGGAAUGGGACACAGAUUUACGGAUUGAGCAAAUUGUGCGAUAUCCCAUUCCAGAGGAAGAACAUCGACGGCUAGAAAAGGCGAUUGAUCCUAAUCCCUCACAGCGGAAGGCUUUUAUCCUUGGUCACGGGCUCUGGAAUAAUCUGGAGAUAGAUCAAGCAUUGAACUGGCUAGAUCUAGUACUAGAUACGAUCCAAUCGAAGACGAGCACCGGUACGCGACAGCGGGGACCGAACUCCAGAGGAAAUUCGCCGGUCCUCUUGAUCACGCCAAACGCGGCGGGAGAAAAGAAGCCGGAUGAGUGGAUUGUUAGUCAAGGUAAUAAAGCCCUUGUGAAGUUUGAGCACGAGAUGGCAGCCCAGGCGGCCAAGAGAGGAAUCGACCACCUCGGGACGUGGAACAUGAGCAUCCAAGCAACCCUAUACGACGGCGUGCAUAUGGACAUGCGAGGGAACCUACUGAAGGCGCAGAUGGUAUUAAACUGGCUGGAUCUAUUGGACGCGUGAGGCGGUGCCACUUAUAGGUG